CCCUCCUCGCGCUUCCGGGUCUCGGCUCGGAGGCCCGGCCCCCUGAGCCGGGGAGGCGGCCUGUGUUUUUAUCGCGGACAGAGCGGGUGGGUUCGCAGCGUGAAGCGCGUGUCUGCGUGGAGGUAGAGUUCUCUCCCGGAGGCAGACUAUGGCGGGCCCGCUGACUGUGCCCUGGAUGCCUCCACAUGACCCGGGGACGCCGGCGCUGUCGGUGGUGGACAUGCACACAGGCGGCGAGCCCCUGCGCAUUGUGCUGGCGGGGUGUCCGGAGGUGGUCGGCCCCACGCUGCUGGCCAAGCGGCGCUACAUGCGCCAGCACCUUGACCAUGUGCGGCGACGGCUCAUGUUCGAACCCCGGGGGCACCGGGACAUGUACGGAGCUGUGCUGGUGCCGAGCGAGCUGCCCGACGCGCACCUGGGCGUCCUGUUCCUGAACAACGAGGGCUACAGUUCUAUGUGCGGCCACGCUGUGCUGGCGCUGGGCCGCUUUGCGCUCGACUUCGGGCUGGUGCCGGCGCCCCCGUCCGACGCCCAAGAGGCCCUGGUCAACAUCCAUUGCCCGUGUGGGCUGGUGGCCGCUUUCGUGGAGUGCGAGGGCGGCCGCAGUCGCGGCCCGGUGCGCUUCCACAGUGUCCCGGCCUUCGUGCUGGCCACAGAUCUCCUGGUGGAUGUUCCUGGUCAUGGGAAGGUGGUGGUGGACGUUGCCUAUGGUGGUGCAUUUUAUGCAUUUGUCAGUGCUGAAAAGUUAGGACUCGAUGUUUGUUCUGCAAAGACAAGGGACCUCGUGGCUGCAGCAAGUGCAGUGACAGAGGCAGUGAAGGCUCAGUUUAAAAUUAAUCAUCCUGACAGCGAAGACCUUGCUUUUCUAUAUGGAACUAUAUUAACAGAUGGAAAAGACACUUACAAUGAGGAACCAACCACCAAUAUCUGUGUGUUUGCAGAUGAACAGGUUGACAGAAGUCCUACCGGCUCAGGAGUGACAGCCCGAAUUGCCCUUCAGUAUCACAAAGGACUUCUAGAACUGAACCAGACCAGAGCCUUUAAAAGCAGUGCAACUGGCUCAGUAUUCACAGGGAAGGCUGUGAGGGAAGCAAAAUGUGGUGAUUUUAAAGCUGUCAUAGUGGAAGUAUCCGGACAAGCGCAUUACACAGCAAUCGGUGAGAGUUCCUGUUGCUCCACAUCCUCGUCAGUGUUUGGGGUUCUGACCCUUCUAACAGGUGAUACAGCACUUGGCCUGGGGACUUCACAGGCUAUUGUGACAACCACAUGUGAAACGGCUCUGACAGGAUCGAGUGCUUACAUUAAAAAUGAGGUGGUGGUGACAGAAUCUAUCAGCUGCCCUUUGUUCAUCUAUUUCUACACAAUGUAAAAAUAAGGCUUAGCUCUACAACUAAACACACUGCUUAUUUCUUAUAGGAUGGAUUUAAGGUUGCCAUUAUGCUAUGCUUCACUAACCCUAUAGAAAAUACAGAGUAAAAAGCUCACUGGUUGGGAAUAAUUAGGGUGAAGAGAAGUAUUUCUAAAAAGAAUUCAGGUUACAGAGACGUUUACCUUAGAAACGAUUCCUUCCAAGACAGUGAGAACCUUAGAGAACUACAGUUCUCAGAGAAGCUCGAGUUAAUAUGCCUAAUGCCUUAAAACGCACUUUCUAGGAAGCAUUUUAAUGAGUCUUGGGAUGAGCAGCUGAACACCAACAGCCAGAACGCAUGUAUACCCUCAUCUUUUCAUAUAGCUGCUUGCUUCCAGGUACUAAGGAAAACACAAUCUAAAAAGCCAGCAAGCCUCACAUUCUAUCCUCAGCUGCUAGUUUAUCUUUGUGGAGAAGUAGCAAUUAGGAGAGGUCAUGAGGAGACUAUUAGGAUGCUGGUAAUGUUCUGUUUCUUGAUCUGGUCACUACUUACACAGAUCUGUUCAAUUUGUGAAACCUCAUCUAGCUGUGUAUUUCCAGUGUGUGAACUUGCCUUUCAAAUAUUACAUGAUACAAAUGUUUACCUGAGAAAACCCAAAACACAAAAAACUUGGACUAGAUGAUAUCCUUGUGGAAUGAAAAUAAAGGAUAACUGGCCCAGUGGGAACUUGGGAUUUGCGUGGUCCUGAGGUAAGAGAGGAUCAGUGUCAGAGGAGGACGAGAAGGAGAAAGUGCAGACCAGACACUUGAGUGUCAGGAGGCCCAGAGUUACAAAGCUGAGCCCUGACCUAUGUGCUCAGGUUCUCCAUACUUACUU